UGUGCUACAUUAUAGGCUGCAAACCUUGCUUAUGUUGUGUAUGAAAUAACUGUAUAAUAAAUCAAUAAUUUUGAUCAAAGUUUUAUUGUGAAGCACGCAUUGUGGCUUAAAAAUGAUUUUAGAUAAGACAUUUAUCACCAUACUUAUAGUCUUUUUUUCAGUGUUUGAAGUGGAGUGCCAGGGGUCGGGCCGCGACAGGAAGGAGUUCAAGAGCACGCUGAAGCAGUGCUCCAAGGAGUCCCGGCGGUCCGGCCAGAGCGAGGAGGGAGGCCGGCGACAGGACGGCGACAGGAGACGGCCCGGGCGAGACGACCGACAGAUCGCCGACGACCGCAGAAGCAGAGGAAGUAAAUCGAAGAAAUUCUGCACACAAAGCGAGGAGGGGCAGUGCGUAACGCAGUGUGUGUUUAUGGCAUAUAACGUGAUGAACAGAGACGGAACACUCAACCUGCAAGGGGUAUCCCGUCUCACGGCCAAACUGGCGAGGGAUGAAGCCGAGAAGACCCGUUGGGACCAGGCGGUGCUGGCUUGCGGUCAGACAACUGUAAGUCCGCUUUACAGUGGGGUCAAUAACUGCGCUGCGGCCGGCUCCCUUUGUACUUGUGUCAUGCGGAAUAUUCGGCAGGCAAAUCUGUCUUUUCCUUGACCAAGUGGUUUUUCAAGAAACAUUUCUGGAUAUAAGAUGGUGUGGUUUUAAGAUUUAUACAGCUAUACAAAGUCAUAAGAACCCAUGAAAAUAUUUAAUUUUUAAUAUUAUACUUUAAAUAAAUAUUUACGUAACAGCAAUUUUUACGAAAUUUUUACUUUAGCGAACAAAUAUUUCAUUUAUUUAAUACCAGAUAUUUUUAAUUUAUUUGUUUUAAAUAUACGAUAAGUUUUUACUGAAAUAUAUGAAACCUUGCAAACCUCUGUAGUGCUGUUACAUACACCCUAAAUUUCAAUGCGAGAGACCUUGGGUUCGAGUUCUAAGUAAAGAAUAUUUGUCAGUAGAUUCUUAUUAGUCAGAACUCGGUCACAAUUUCUUCCAUUUUUUUAAUUAAAUUAAUAAAAUUAAGUUGACAAUAAUUAGUAAGUAAAGGUUAGUAACGAAAAAAAAAUUCACCAAAAAGCAUAACAUUUAAAAAUAAAUGAAUAAAGUAAAUUUGGUCAGGAUUGGUGUUUCGUUAACGUGUCGAGGGUCGCUAGCUCAAAUCCAAAUCCUCACUUCAUUCAGUUCAUGAUCUUUAAGUAAAUAAUUAGGCGGCAUGGCUCUCCACUUUGCCUUGUUACUUAUUCUCUGUGCCUAGCCUCAAAAGGUAAUACAUUACACUCACCAUUAAAAACCAACUGAAACGUAUGGCCUGCCGCCAGUAUAUAAAAUUUACCAAAUACUUUAAAUACUCAGACUAUAAGUUUACUUUUGAUAUGUAAGUAAAGUAAAAAAAUAAAAAAUAAUAAAGAUU